AUGUCCUCGAUAAAAGAUCUCUCCAUGUAUCUGGAUUUCACAGAUGGUGAUCGUAUCUCCCAACAGUGCUCAUCAGUGGUACCUACCAUGGUCUCUGAUGCAGGGCGGGCAGCAGCUUCAGCCGAGUUGUCCCGACGCUUCAUGGUAGAUGGUGCUUACUUCACAGAUAUUCGCUUUGGUCCACACCUCACCUGGGACGAGUCACUUACCCAUUGGGCAAGACAAAUGCAUACAAUUCCUGGCAUAUGGUCACAAUGGGAGCUCAAGAGUCUGGAUUCUGGAGGGUGUUCAGGUUCAUUUAAAACCAACGACCAGUACUGGAUAGCAUCUAUGAUACCAAAAUUGGGUGAGACCUCGGGAACAUCACUAUUUCAUCAAGGGUGUAUCCGAAGUGUGAUGAGAGGGGAACGAAAGUUCUGGAUCAACAUCCCGGCAUCCAAGAGGGACGGCAGAUUAUGA